CAGGUUCGCGUGAUGGAACGGAGGCUGGAGUGGAGUGCCGGCGGUGGAGGAGGGAGUGACGUUGCUGGUGGAAUCAGAGUGGACGGCGUUGAGGACAUUGACGAUCUGCAGGUGGAGAUGGUGGAGAAGGAAGCUGUCAUCACCACUCUCUCGACCCAGGUGGAGGAACAGAGACAACUUCGGCUGCAGGACGCCAAGAAGGUGGAGGCUAAGGCGGCCAAGAUCAAGGAGUGGGUCACCAACAAGCUCAAGGAGGAUGAAGCCCAUGACUACAGUGAGAUCUACUCGCCCAGCCGUGACCAUGCCCGCUGGCCGGGGGACACAGAGACCAAUGGAGAAAAGCCUCCCACACCUCCCCUGCACCGCUUUCCCUCAUGGGAGUCUAGAAUAUACCAGGUGGCACAGGAAGGGCUGUCUGGUUCCGGUGUGGUUGCCACCACUGGGGAAGCAGCUAGUAGAAUGAGGAGCUCUGGCCUCGGCAGCUACCCAGAGAUCCAUGUCCCUGUCUACGCUGCUGUUAAGGGACGUGCCAGUCAAAUCCGGUCUGUCCCUUUCACGGGUGACUCCUCAGAUUCAUCCGACGGGGAAGACCAUUGCGGAGGAUCAGACUCUCGAGGUCUUUCCUCUCAUACUCCCUCGUCUUCGGCAGAAUCCUCCUCUAGCUCUCCUUCCAAGAGCAAGACAUCAUCACUGUCUCCUGCCAAGCUGUCUGGUUCCUCACCCUCAAAGAGUAUGAGAAGGGAUAGCAGUCGGUUAUCUCAAGAAUCAGCUGAUUAUGCUGAUUAUGCCAUCCCCCCUGAUGCUAUGCCAGAUUCUAUACCUGAUGCUAUACCAACCCUUAAGCUCCCGGAUACAUCCUUUGAGUCUGGUGUGUCCGAUGAUUAUGCAAUCCCACCAGAUGCCCGAAGUGACAGUGGGUCUUUGGAAUCGACAAUGGCACCCACACUCAGUGCUAGGACGUCGUGCGUUGAAACUACAACUAACACUCUUACCUCAAGCCAUAUUGGCACGGUUUCACCACGUCGUGAGAGCUCCUUGGAAAAGAUGGGCUACUUAACCAAGCUUGGUGGGAAGCUCAAAACAUGGAAAAAACGAUACUUUGUUCUCAAGGAUGGAACUCUCACUUACUGGAAGAGUCAGAGUGAUAUUCAUCGCAAACCAGCUGGUCAAAUCACACUAAAUGAAGUUUGUCGUGUAACCCGUUCUGAAGGGGCCCAUACUUUUGAAGUCAACACUGGCAAAAAGACAUACUACCUCACUGCUGAUAACACAGCGCUAGUAGAGGACUGGGUCAGAGUACUUCAGAAUGUGCUACGGCGUAAUGCUACCAAGCUUCUACUUAGCAAAGAGGACAACAAACCUACAUUACAAGGUUGGCUUACAAAAGUCAAGCAUGGACAUGCACGACGAUGUUGGUGUGUCCUCAUUGGAAAAAUGUUUAUUUAUUUCAAGAGUCCAAACGAUCAGAAUCCUAUUAGUCAAAUUAAUAUGCGGGAUGCUCGGGUAGAGGAAGUAGAAAAAGUUUCGGAUUCAGAAGGAGAAGAAGCAACUGAAGAUGACACCCCUCGAGAAGAUCUGACAAUUGGAAUCUUCCCAUCUCACCAAGGUCCAACUUACCUCAUUAUUCCAAACAAACAAGAGAAGGAUAAUUGGCUGUACCACUUAACGGUCGUCUCAGGAGGGGGUCCCAAUGCUGGAACUCAGUAUGAGCAACUUGUGCAAAAACUAAUGGAACUUGAUGGUGACCCGAACUGUGUAUUAUGGCGUCACCCUCUACUACUACAUAGCAAGGAUCCCAUUACUUCACCUCUUACUUCCCUCCCGUCCUCACAGCUCCAGGCUGAGGCCAUAAAACUUUUUAAGGCAUGUCAGCUGUACACCUCUGUCCUGAUGGACUCAUCAGGUAUAGACUAUCAUGUGGUUCUGUGUCAGAAUGCUCUCCAGCAAUGUCUCACUUAUCCUGAGCUACAGGCUGAACUCCUCAGUGCACUGAUCAAACAGACAUCGAAGCACCUACAAGCUAAACCAGGGGUCCAGGUAACCAAGACACUGAACAAAAUCAAGCACUCCCGAAACCUCCUUCUUUGUGCCACACAAUCACUAUUCCUGUGUGAUUCUUCGGGAGCACAGAAGGCUUCACCAACCUUGGGAAGUGGCCAGCCUCUCCCAGCAGACCCAAAGAUCAAUCCACCAUCUUUUACAUUUAUCCAGGGUUGGCAGUUUCUUGCCCUGGCAGUCUCAUUGUUUGUGCCUAAGAAUAGCAAACUUUUAUGGUAUCUCAAACUUCAUCUGGAGAGAAAUGCUGAUACUAAAACUGAGGCAGGGAAGUAUGCUGCAUAUUGCCAGCGUGCGUUAGAAAGAACUCUAGAGCAUGGAGGCCGAGAGGCAAAGCCAUCUCGAAUGGAAGUCCUUUCUAUUUUACUGAAGAAUCCCUAUCACCACUCCUUACCCCAUGCUAUACCCGUCCACUUCAUCAAUGGAACCUAUCAGGUCAUUGGCUUUGAUGGCUCUACAACCAUUGAUGAGUUCCUCUCAUCACUAAACCAGGAGAUUGGUUGUCGUGAUGUUCACCAAUCUGGAUUUGCUCUCUUCUCUGAUGAUCCAAUUGAAAAGGAUUUAGAACAUUGUUUGAAUCGUAAUGCAAAGCUCUGUGAUGUUAUAUCCAAGUGGGAAACUGCUUUAAGAGAGAAGGGUUCUGGCAAAUUUGAAAAUACUAAAGUCAUACGCCUUCUUUACAAAUCUCGCCUGUACUACCGAGCAGCUGCAAAACAUGAAACAGAUCGGGAAAAAUUACUACUCUGCUACCAGGUUAACCAACAAAUACAACAUGGAAAAUUCCCAAUCACCCGUGAACUUGCACUGGAACUGGCAACACUCAUGGCACAGAUUGACAUGGGAGAGGUGAACAGUGAAAGAUCAAGAGGCUCUGGCUCAUCUGGCCCCUCGACAGCUCACAUCCAGCAAGCCUUCACUAAGUUUUACCCCUACAGAUAUCGUGAGGACCACAGUGAAGAAGAAUUAAAGACAUUACAAGACAGUUUACAAGAAAAGUGGGUAGGCCUAAGAGGAAGAACACAAAGUGACUGUGUACGUAUUUAUCUAACCUGUACAAGAAAGUGGCCCUACUUUGGAGCUACACUAUUUCCUGCUGCUACACCCUCACCUGAUGGCCCACCAACACCAGUGUGGGUGGCAGUCAGUGAAGAUGCCAUCACAUUGCUUGAUCAUGCCAGCAUGGUUUCCAUUGGGAGAUAUGGGUAUGAAUCAGUUGUAACAUUUGGGGGCUGCCAGGAAGACUUCAUGUUGGUAGUUCACACACCAGAGGAAGACAGUGCCCACCACCCUCCAGGAACUCAUAAACUUCUCCUCUGUAUGAAUAAACCCAAGAUCCUGGAACUAACUCUCCUUAUUGCUGACUACAUGAAUGCUAUGGGUCGUCCUAUACCAGGCACUCCUCAAACAGGGACGCUAACUCGCCAUGGCUCUAGAAGAUCAGCUCGAUCGCACAUAACCUCCAUUCCUGGGCAACCUGACCUACUGAAAAUGACAACAGAAGUAGAUAGUAAAUUGCAGCGUCUUGAUGCCAAACGUAGGGCACAGGUUGACUCUUCUAUUGUCUGACCCGCAGUGCAUGCUAGGUCAUCAUGAGUCAGGUUUAUGCUCGGCCCAACUGCCACACUGUGAUAAUGCUUCACAUGGAUACUAAAUUGUUCAACUGUAAAUUUACCCAAACUGCA